CCAGUUUCAGUUCCAAGUCGACACUUGAGCGGCGCACAACUCAACGGAAUCAAGUGAAAUCCGCGUGAUAUCAAAGAUGAUCAUCAAAACCCUGGCGAUCGUUUCGCUGUGCCUGGCCAGCAUCCAGGCCUCCAAGGUGGGAGCUCCGCAGCUGCCCAAGAAGCACCUGGUCUGCUACUACGAUUCCCUCAGUUUCGUCAAGGAAGGUCUGGGCAAGCUGGUGAUCGAUGAACUGGAGCCGGCUCUGCAGUUCUGCGACUAUCUGAUCUAUGGCUACGCCGGAAUCGAGCGCGACUCGCACAAGGCGGUGAGUCUGAACCAGCAGUUGGACUUGGAUUUGGGCAAGGGACUGUACCGCACGGUGACCCGCUUGAAGCGCAAGUAUCCCAAUGUCAAGAUCCUGCUGAGUGUGGGCGGUGACAAGGACAUUGAGCUGGACAAGGAUGCCAAGGAGCUGCCCAACAAGUACCUCGAACUGCUCGAGAGCCCCACUGGUCGCAAUCGUUUCGUGAACACCGUCUACUCGCUGGUGAAGACCUACGGAUUCGACGGCUUGGAUGUCGCCUGGCAGUUUCCCAAGAACAAGCCGAAGAAGGUGCACAGUGGCAUCGGCAGCCUGUGGAAGGGCUUCAAGAAGGUCUUCUCCGGCGACUCGAUCGUCGACGAGAAGUCCGAGGAGCACAAGGAACAGUUCACUGCUCUGCUCCGCGACGUGAAGAACGCCUUCCGUCCGGACAACCUGCUGCUCUCCACCACCGUUCUGCCCAAUGUGAACUCAUCCCUGUUCUACGACAUUCCCGCUGUGGUCAACUAUCUGGACUUUGUGAAUCUGGCGGCCUUCGACUUCUUCACGCCCCAGCGUAAUCCCGAGGUGGCCGACUAUGCCGCACCCAUUUACGAACUGAGCGAACGCAAUCCCGAGUUCAAUGUGGCUGCUCAGGUGAAGUACUGGUUGCGCAACAGCUGUCCCGCCAGCAAGAUCAAUGUGGGCGUGGCCACCUACGGUCGCCCAUGGAAGCUGACCGAUGACUCCGGCGACACUGGCGUGCCCCCCGUUAAGGACGUCAAGGACGAGGCUCCCGUGGGUGGCAACAGCCAGGUGGCUGGCAUCUACAGCUGGCCGGAGGUCUGCGCCCUGCUGCCCAACCAGAACAACGCCUAUUCCAAGGGCGCUAGUGCUCCGCUGACCAAGGUUCAGGAUCCCGCCAAGCGUUUCGGCUCGUAUGCCUAUAGGGCGGCCGACAAGAAGGGCGACAAUGGCAUCUGGGUGAGCUUCGAGGAUCCCGACACCGCCGCCGACAAGGCCGGCUAUGUGCGCACCGAAAAUCUGGGUGGAGUCGCACUGUUCGACCUGUCCUACGACGAUUUCCGAGGACUCUGCACCAACGAGAAGUACCCCAUCCUCAGGGCGGUUAAGUACCGCCUGACCAACUAAGGUGGGAUUUCAGUUUGAUUUAUGUGCAACUGACCAUGUGAAGAAAAUGCUUGAUCAAGAAAUAUGUGUUUCAUUUAUAUUUGUAAUGUCAUAAAGUGCCUAAGAACACAUAA